GAAUAAAAAGCUUGUUUUUAAUUUCUGAUUUCCAAUAUUUUUUUUCUUCCAAAUUAUCAAAAGUGAGAAGGUGAUUUAGAGGAAGAAGAAGAAGCAGGGGUUUAGGUCAGUCAUCAGAAGAGAAAAACCAAACUGAAAAAAUGGAAGACGGCGAGAUAGAAGAGGGUUCAAUCACCGCUCCAGAGGAAGACGAACAAAGCUUUUUGCAUUCCUCCGACGAUUCCAAGUCUGAAGAAUCACCCUACGAAACACUUCACAACAGCAAAUCUUCCAUCGAGAAUAUCAUCUCCGAUAUCCUCUCCAUAAAAAAAGAUUCCAAACCCAAACAACUCCUUCGAGAUCUUGUUACUCAAAUGUUCCUUCACUUCAUCACUCUCCGUCAGGCGAAUCGUUCUAUUUUGAUUGAAGAAGACAGAGUGAAAACGGAAACGGAACGCGCGAAAGCACCUGUGGAUUUCACGACGUUGCAGCUUCACAAUUUGGUGUACGAGAAGAGUCACUACCUUAAAGCGAUUAAGGCUUGCAAAGAUUUCAAGUCAAAAUAUCCUGAUAUUGAACUUGUACCCGAGGAAGAAUUUUUCCGCGACGCUCCCAAAGAUAUCAAGGAUUCCGUUUUGUCGAAGGACAGUGCUCAUAAUCUGAUGCUUAAGAGGCUCAAUUUUGAACUAUAUCAGCGCAAAGAGCUCUGCAAACAUCAUGCGAAACUGGAACAGCAAAAGAAAAUCCUUUUGGAGACUAUUGCAAACCGAAAGAAGUUUCUGACUAGUCUCCCUUCACAUCUCAAGUCUCUCAAGAAAGCAUCCUUGCCUGUACAAAACCAACUAGGAAUUAUGCAUACAAAGAAACUAAAGCAGCAUCAUUCAGCAGAGUUGCUUCCACCAGCUCUUUAUGUGAUUUACUCACAACUAUUGGCUCAAAAGGAGGCCUUUGUAGAACCCAUUGAUCUGGAGAUUGUAGGAAGCCUGAAAGAUGCCCAAGCUUUUGCUCGUAAUCAAGCUCACAAGGACACUGGCAUUUCCACUGUCAUGGAGAGUUCCAAAGUGGAAGAUGAUAUUCCUGAUGAUGAAGAAGAUGGUCAAAGACGUAGAAAAAGGCCAAGGAGGGUGCAAGUCAAGGAGAGCCCUGACCAAGGGGGUAUAUUUCAAAGUCACCCACUUAAAAUCACGGUCCAUGUGUAUGAAGAUGAGGCUUCCAAUCCUAAGCCUGCAAAACUUAUUACUCUAAGGUUUGAGUACAUGGUGAAGUUGAAUGUUGUAUGUGUUGGAAUAGAAGGAUCUAAUGAUGGUCUUGACAAUGACAUCUUAUGCAAUUUAUUCCCCAAUGAUACAGGACUCGAGCUUCCUCACCAGUCAGCUAAACUCUUUGUUCAAGAUGCUAUAGAAUUUAACACUCAAAGAACUUCACGUCCUUACAAAUGGGCUCAGCAUCUGGCAGGAAUUGAUUUCUUGCCUGAGGUGUCUCCAUUGCUUCCCACUGACAAUAGUGAAGCAGCCAAGAAUGAAGAUGUUAUAUCUGGUUUCUCAUUAUAUCGCCAACAGAACCGAGUACAGACAGUUCUGCAGAGGAUUCGCUCAAGGAGAAAAGCUCAGUUGGCUCUUCUGGAACAGCUAGAAUCUCUUACAAAGCUUGAGUGGCCUAUUUUGUCUUGCAAAAGUGUUCCAUGGGCUUUGCACACUCCUUUGUGCAAAUUGGAUGGCUGGUCACCGAUAAGAGCCCUACCUGUACCUAGUGAAGCUUCACCUCCGGCUAUCAUAGAUAAAGAGGAGCAUGUUCAGGAAUCAAUGGAUGUUGAUGUAAUGGAAAACUCUGGUGCCACAAAAGAAGAACUGGAUAGUAUGACAGAAGAUGGGGAGCUUCCAACUUUACUUCCAAAGAAGACCAAGUUUGACCACUCCAAGCAAGCUAGCUUAAUUUCAAAAAGUAUCAUUCCUUCACUUAAUAAAGUUAGGUCACAGAGUUUCAAAAAAGCUGAUGAUAGUUCUGACUUCUUGUUGGAUACUGAUAGCGAUUUUGAUGAGCCUUCCCAAAUUGAAAGUGACCGUGAAAAUAUUGUAUCUGAUUACUGUGCCAGAAAUUCUCUUUCGUGGAAAGAUUCUGGUGUGAAGGAAUUCUUCUUUGUUCUUAGCAGAAAAACAAAUGCAGAUGAGAAGACCGUGAGUUUAGAAGCCAAGAUCAAGAUCAGUAUGGAAUAUCCUCUAAGGCCUCCGCUUUUUGCAUUGAGUCUUAGAUGUACACCUUUUGAGGGGAACCAUUUGGAGAAUAAUGGAUUGGAGUGGUACAAUGAACUUCGCGCAAUAGAAGCGGAGGUCAACUUACACGUGCUAAAGACACUACCUGUCAUUGAACAGAAUUAUGUAUUGGCUCAUCAAGUGAAUUGUCUUGCCAUGUUGUUUGACUAUUAUUUAGAUGAUGCCGGGUCAUCAUCUGAAAGGACAAAUAGCUCUUCUUUGGUUGAUGUUGGCUUAUGCCCGCCUAUUAGUGGCAGGUUUCUGGGCAGAUCUUUUAGAGGAAGGGAUCACCGGAAGAUGAUCUCCUGGAAAGACAUGAAAUUUACAUCCAGCUGACCCUAGUAGCAGCUAUUUCAGAGUAAAAGACUGCGAUACUGAUUUUCUGCGAGAAGACAUUGAAUUCUCUUUGAAUUUCCCCUGGGAGUAAUGUUCAGCUCUGGACAGCACACAUAAAUUAUAUUUUGCUUAUAUUGACUAUUGUAAGGAUAGCGAAAUUAUACUUCCAUAGUGUUCAUUAGCCUACCAUCAUUCCUUGACUUCCCAGCUGAAAAAACUGGUUGAGACACCGGUUCAGUUUGAAGAUGUUUUUUCAGCCAUUGAUUAUUUCUUACUCGAAUUCAAUGUUUGGCAAGUGCAGCUGCACGGAUUGAAGUAUAUGAGUGGGUGGAAUUUCUAUUGACUCUACUGGGAUGAGAAAUUGAGAAUAACUGAUUAGCGGGUGUAGUAAUUUAUUUAUAGGUUGAAUUGUGUCCCAGUCAUUGGAUUUUACUGCAAUACAUUUUUCUAGGUACUGGUAUUCCGUUGUAGUUUUUCAUCACAAGAGCCCGUGAUUGUGGUUAAUGGCGCAAGGGGAUUCCUCUAGAGUGCAUGCUCGCUAAAUUUGCCAUUAAGCAUUUAUAUUGUGUAACCUGUAAAAGUUUAGCCACAUAACUCAAUUGAAUCGGACAACUGUGCUGGGAUGUAAUGUGGAACUUUUAUUUUUUUAAAUUUCGAUUGUAGAUUUUUCUUGGAUACCCCAGUCCGCAGGUUUGCAUUUCGAUCUCGUGGAUGUGUGUGUGGUUUACAUAGUUAGUAUUAGGUGAUCCAAUUAGAGCAUAUGCAAUCCAAUUUGGUGAUCCAA